UGCAGUUCUAAUGAAGUGAAGGACUAUAUUUGUAAUGCCUGUGAAGACCAGAAUACUGUUGAGACCAGUGCUGACUUCUAUUGUAAACAGUGUGAAAGAUUUUAUUGUGGAAACUGUAUUCAUCUGCAUGGUAAAUUGUUCGCAAAACAUAAUUCUAUUGGAAGGGUUGAUAUAGAUAAAUGGCCAGUUUCAAAAAAGGUGGUGGAUUUUCUACAAACUUGUGAUGUUCAUAAGGAACAUAAAAUUGACCAAUUCUGCAACCUGCACGAACAGCUGUGCUGCCCUCAGUGUGUAUCUGAUCAACACAGCCAGUGCAGUAAAGUGACCCAGAUUUCUGAGCUGACCAACUCGCAGCCCACAGGCCUAGAGGGGCUGUCAGUGGAGCUGGAAACUGUCCUGGGGGAAAUUAAAACCCUGCAAAUCAGUCAGAAGGCCAGCAUUCAGUCAUUGCAGAGAACAUACAAGGAACAUAGUGCAGUUAUGAUAGAGCAAAUGCUUGGCAAUUUAAAUACUUAUAUAGAUGAAUGUGAUAAUAAUUCUGUGGGUACAUCAGGCGGAAAUGAGCAAUAUUUAAAAGAAGAGAUGUGUAGGAGUGUUCUCUCUAUCGUGAAUGAAUUCGAUAAUAUUACUGCGAAGGAACUUAACGAGAUGAAAGAUGAAGUUAUAAGUAUUAAAGAGUCAGUUACAAGUUCUAUUCAUAAAUGCACCACUCUUCACAAUGACUUGUCACAAUUCCAUGAACUUGUUCAGAAAAUUGGAGAUAAUAAGGAGCUCUGUCUUAUAGCCAGCAUAAAAUGUAAGCAUAUAAUACAGCAGGCACUGACUCUGCUAGGAAAGUCAGGCAAGGCGUUUAACGUCCAGCGGAAGUCUGUGCGCAAUGUGAGAAUACCAAGUGAUUCAUAUAAAUGUAGUAUUGCAGGCAUAUGUGUUCUGACUGAUGGGCAGGUGCUGGUCGCAGACUGGAAGAAUAAGAGGAUCAAGCUGCUGAACCAGCAGUACCAGGUGGUGAAUCACUGGGAUGUGACUGCUGGGCCAUGGGACAUAUGUUUGAUCACAUCCAGUGAGGUUGCAGUGGCUGUGAAUGACCAUGAUAGCAGGAUACAUGAGGUCCAGUUUAUCACUGUCAACCAGGGAAAGCUUGUUUCUGGCAGGAAGUUUCAGUUACAACAUGUAUGUACAUGUAUUACCCAUCACCAAGGAGACCUUUUUGUCACCUCUGGUCAAGAAUUGUACAAAUACUCGCUGAAUGGCAAACUGAUCUGCAGUCUCUAUGGAGAUAGAUCAGGUGAUUAUACAGUAUACAAGUGUGCUGUGAGUCCCACAGGAGACAGGCUGUACAUCACCAACUGGUACAAUAACAAGCUUCUCACCCUGGCCAGGGAUGGCACACUCCUGGCUACAUACACAUUCCCAGCACUAGGUGGCCCACAUGGUCUACAUGUGACCCCUGCAGGCCAGGUGCUGGUCUGUGGAAACUGGUCCCACACUGUACUACAGGUGGGCUGGGAGGGAAAGAGUGAGCUGUCUACGCUGGCUACUCAGAGGCAUGGAGUGUGGUGGCCAACGUCAGUCUGCUACAGCAGCACAACAUCAUCCAUCAUUGUGGGACAGCAGUGGGACGACAACAUCCUGGUGUUCAGAGUGGAAUAGUGUGUACAUUCGCUGCUGAGUCAGGACAAGGAUGCCAAGGAUGUGGUGGACAAGGAUGACCUGAAUACACAGAAGCUACUGCUCAGCAAAGAAUACAACUGUCUGGUGAAAGGCUCGACCGUAUCAAAGUCCAGUGAUGUCGGGGUAUGUGGCCGUUCCAUGUCUGGGGAUUGCAUUUUAGCCGACACUAACAAGGGAGAGAAAUGAAGAUCUGCACCUGCAAAGAGCACCAGCCUUGAUAUAGAGUUGGUACGGCAACGACACAAGUCGGGCCCGCUGGAGCCCCAGUCCAGCACGACCCCUCCCCUGACCCCUAGCUCCUCCCAUUUGACCUCCGGCAUCAAAGAGUCAGCAUUGUUUAACAAUUCCAUCCCAUAGCAAUUUCUGAGCACAUAGAGUGUUUGCACAUUUUUCUCAACAAGCGCAAUGUCCGUGUUGAGUCUGCACUUGAGCCCUGAUUGGUUUGAUAGACUCAAGUGCCGGAGGUGGUAGAAGUGUUACAGACAUAAGAAGUUAUUGCAGCAGUUAUGGUAACACUAACAGUCAGCUCUCGCUGUUUGACAUUAAAUUGAAUUUUACGAAAAAAUACAAAGCUGGAUAACUCAUUCCAUUCUUUUUGGGACAAACAGAACUGCAGCAAGGAACAGGAGAAAAUCACGGGAAUGUUUGAAGAGUUUAAGUCAGAAGCGUAAGCUUUCCACCGGGGAUACUCCUGGAUGGUCUUAACUUAAGGGACAGUCCAGGUUUGUCCUCUCAGGUGUCCAAACUGUCCAAAGAGAAUGCAUUUAUUUUUGACGCAGUUGCUAACAAAGAAAGGCAGUACCAACUUCGUUGUGAAGAGUCAAGCAUGGUACAUCCCUGGGGCAUGCCUCAGGUGGGAAUUCCAUCUGCAACAAGGUGCUAAAGGUGAACCCAUCAGAGUGUGUUACUAACCACUUCAAGACCAAACAGCCUCACAUUGAUUCGACGAUAAAGAAGGCGUUGAAAAAUGACAGCAGUUUUGAUGUGUCAUCCAGUUUGCUCUUCGACUCUCAACCCAACGUUAGUUAGAACGCAAACUCAGCAUUUAGCGUUAUCAGCGAGGCUCGAAGGUCAUCUCUGCUUCUUAAGCUUCAG